CAUUGUAUCACUCUAACCAUAUGCUUAGGCACCCAUUGAUUGUGUAGAUGAUUGAUUGUUCACUGUGUGCUACAAGUUUUCAUCUUACUAGACCGUCAGGAAUACUGGUUGGCUUAGCCAUAGGUUAUCCCAGUCGAAAACAUAGACAAGAAGCAAGAAAGUUACAGCAUACAGUUUAACAAGCUGAUAAUUUUCUUAAAAGUUAAAUUGAUUUAAUAAUUUAAUUACGGAACUCUAUCAAGCAUCGAAAGUUAAAAAUAUACAAUCAGUACAGUUAAAAGUCAUUACAAUAAGCAUAUGAUAUUACAAUAUUUACAGAUAAUGAUGAAACUUUUUUGUUAUUUAAUAUCAUUCGUCUUUGUUAACGUUUCAACAUAUAUUUUAACGGGAUAUAAAAGGGAUAUUUUGAUUACAAAUGCAUACAUUAAGCUUGCUAAUGAUAUGCACAAUGUUCUUUUCGAAGACAAUUUUGCUACAAAUGGAUUGGAGCAUGUUAUUAAAAUAAUUAUUGAAGAUGACCAAAUUUAUAGUUUAGGAGUUAUGUAUAAUAUGAUCACUGUACCGGAAUACCCAUACGACAACGACUUACUGGUAUCUUCAAAUAUUCAAGAAACUUUGCAACGUCUAAUAAAAGAUGAAUUAAGUAAAUAUAAAAAUAUUGCUGUUCCUCUUAUUGAUGAAACCCAAGGUAUAGCUAAUCGCAAAAAUCGAAGAAAAACUUUUGAAAUAUUAAAUAUGUUAAUACUUGGAACAGCGAGAAGACGUAUUACUGGAAUAGCUUUAAAACAUAUAUUAAGCCGAGCAAUAGAUUUUGAAAAUGUGACUAAGCUUAUGGAAGAGAGAAGACUUGUUGGUACAGAAACUUUAAAUAUGAAUAAUAGAAUCACCCGUGCAUUAAGUGGAUUUCGACCGGGAAUCACUUUACUACAGAUUUGUCGUUUGAUAGCAUUGUUCAUGAGUGCAAAAUUUCCAGCAUUACCUCCAACAGACAUUCAUAUUGACAGUGAUAUGUAUACUUGUACUCUAAUGAAUGGAAUUACAGAAGACCAAAAGUUCAGAAAAAUUGAAGGCAAGUGGUAUGAAGUAGACGUCGAUGACAUCACCAAUGUAGGAGAAUUAUUUAAAGAACAGUUAAAUAUUGUAUUUUUCAACUACUAAUAUCAAGAGUCAAAGGUAUAAGUUAUAAAUAAAUAAAUAAAAAAAGGUAUAACAAGCUGUCAAAUAUUUUAAUGUAUUUCAUAAUUAUACAGGUUCGAUUUGUAAAAAUAAAAGUGUAUUUAUCCUUUG